AUGAAGGCUGCAGCGAUAAUGGUGACUCCGGCGGAGGGUAGUCUGAAGAGUCGUUCUCUGGACAAGAAGAUAAUCCACGAGAGCGAAGACCUGUUGGGUUUGAGUACGUUGCCGUUCUUUGCAUUAUCCGCGGAGCAUCACUGUUCGUGUUGGGGAUUGAGUCCGUGUUUUCAUUCGCCGUUUUUUAAUGCGAGUGAGCACAGUCACAAUCGUGUGUUACCACAGGGUCGAAAGACAUGGCGCGGAGGUGUGUUCUACCCGUUCCGUCGGUCCGGGUUUGCGGGAUAUGGGAUGGGUGGUGCGGGUGACAACGCCGGUGGUUAUCUCGGGGGUUCAUACAUGGGUUACGAUCCGUUCGUGAAGGCGGAUGUGGUAGCGCUAUCGACUAUCCAGCGGUACCGAUCACUACGACCGGAGGAGGACCGCACAUACCGCACUUACGACAUCACAGAGGUUCUUGAAUAUGAUCCCAUCAAAGAUCUGCCAGGAGGACGCAGUGCAGUCGCCACAGAAAAGGAAUAUUUUCCCGUCCCGCCUGCUUCCUCAAAAGGGAUUCUAAAUGGCGCAUACAAUUUACAGGAAUUGAUUGACACCAAGACUGCAACAGUCAUACGACCCAUCGCCAAGGCACCAGCUGCGGCACCUUUGAUCGGCAGUCUUGCCACUCUCAGUAAACACGCAGCUAAGGGCGCUCCCGGACGUCGAAGAAAGAAGCCGGCAGACGAACUCAACGACACAUCAGCCGGAGGAACCAGGGUCACGUUCCAGACCGACGGACAGGCGACCGAUGGACACGCGACCGACGGACACGCGACCGACGGACACGCGACCGACGGACACGCGACCGACGGACAGGCGACAGAGGGCGGAAUUGACCCCGCUACCGGAGACCGUAGUACACCAGGAAGGGAAACAACAGAUGACAAGAGACUAGACCGCCAGGCCUUGGACGGCCAGGCAUCGGACGGCCGUACGAAGCUGGAUGGGGGGAUGAGACCGGGUGGUGGACCACCAGUUCUGGACGUAUUGCCGAAGGGUACGGAGUUGAUCACGCAGGACGACAUCGUCUCGCUUAUCCGGAAGGUCGACAGCGCGUCCGACGAGGGACUAAGGAGGCAAUCGUCGGGGCAAUCCGCGGUACAGGCAUCGGCGCUGUCAAAAAUGACUCCGAAGUCGCCGCCUCCAGUGGCCAGUAAAGGGGGCGGUAGUACACUCGCAAAAGUGCUCCCGAGUUCGCAAGACACUGGUUCGAAUCUUUCGCAAGCCGCUCGAAGCUCCGGCGACGGAGGCAAGGAGGCGGGAAAGUUGGGGGGCGGGAAGCAACUGACCAAGCACUUCAAGUACAAGGAACGCGACCUGGAUCGUAGUUGGGGACCCACAUUCGGUCUCGAGGCUCGCGAAUCGAAGAAGACCGAGCACGCCCGUGCCGCUAUCCAUAAGGCACAACAACUUAAGGGCGGUCCGCGCAAGAAGGACUUCGGCAAGGCCCCUAAGACAGCCAAACCGGGUCCGCAAUUCAAGGCGGUGGGGAAACCCGUGUUCAAAAAAACCGCCGCCGGCAAAGUACCUCUUAAAGGACUGAAGGCCAAAUCAUUACCAGGGACCAAGACCCCAGGACCGCCCGGGAUGAAGGGUUUGCCGGCGAUGAAGGGUCCGCCUAAAAUGAAGGCAUUCGGCAAAAAGACAGGAGUGUCGGCCAGGGCUACCGGUCCCGUGGCCACGGACUACAACGAUGACUUCGCGGUUGGAGUUUUUGACCCGCAACGACUGCUCCAUUCACGCUCCAUUGGCGGAUCCGGCCUCGCACGGCCCCCACCUCUUCCCGACCGGUCUAGUAACGGACCUCCGGAGAAGUUCGAACCUCCGGAGAAGUUCGAACCUCUGGAGAAGUCCGAGCCUCUAGACCAGCCCCUCCCGGACAAGCUGGAGGGUCUGGCGGCGUACCAGGAGCGACGGUUAGUGCGAGCGAUGGUUGCACGCGGCAAGUUGGUUGGCGGAGCAGGCGGACUGAUGCGAUCUGGCGCGGGUCGACGCGGACCGGCGGCCCGUGGCGGAGCGAAGCCGGGCGGUGCUCGGAGUUUGAAUGUCAUGGGCAAUGCGCUUGGCAACCGAGGCGUCAAAUUCAACAUGGCCCAGUUCAAAUCUCUCGGCUUCGACUUUGGCGGCGCCGGGGCUGGCGGAGAUGGAGGCGGUGCUUAUGGAGGCGCCGGCGGUGGCUACGGGGCAGGAGGCUACGACCAGGGCUAUGGCGCCGGCGGUGGCUAUGGAGGUGGUUACGGGGAGGGCGGCAUGCCCGGUGGCGCUAUGCCACCGGACUUUGGCAUGGACCCCGGCGCAUAUCUGAACAUGCUCAUUGCACAAACGCAGACGGAAGACAGCAACGCCCUAGUCCAGCGACUCAUGGGCCAAGCCGGGGUCGAAACUGCGGGUCCCGGUGGGGGUCCUGGAGGUGGUCCAGGAGGCGGUCCUGGAGGUGGUCCAGGAGGCGGUCCUGGAGGCGGUCCCGGUGAAGGCUACGGCGCUGAGAGCUACGGUGCCGAGUAUGAAGGCGGCGGCGGGGAUGCCCCCGCGGCGGCAGCGGCGCGCUUCCAGCCGGACUUCUUGGGCUCCGGAGUGUUCAGUCAGUUCGGAAUCGGGAGCACGGUGGGGUUCGGUGGCGGCGGCGGUGGUGGUGGCGGAGGGGCAGGGUUCGGUUCGGCAGGGUCGAGUGGGAGCCUUGGUGCGGGGUCGUACGAUGCGGUGAGCAACGCACUGGCGGCGUUCGGAGGUGGCAUGACGGGAGCAACGGGCGACAUUAGUGCCAUCUCGAUGGACGCGUUGAAUGGGUUUCUGGGUGGUGCUGUCGAGGCUGACCCUUACGGUGCGGCUGCGGGGGCCGGAGGAGGGGCUGCGGGUGCUGCAUUCGGAGUUGGUGCUGCCGGCGGUGCUGUCGGCGGUCGACGUGCCCGUCGGAUGGCGCGUCGUGUGCAGAAGUUGAAGGAGUUGCGAGAGGCGGUGGAGCGCGGCGAGGUGACGGUGGCGGAGAUUCUGCGUGCGAAUGAACGUGUAACGGCGUUGGCUCCACAAGACGGCAAUGUGGUGAUGGUGGCGGUUCCGGAAGGCACAGUAUUGACGGAGGGUGCGGAACGGCCGGAGGGCGAGGGGGGUGGUGUGGCGGGACCGGGUGGUGGACCGGGACCAGGAGGCGGUCCAGGGGCUGGUGGCGGGCCAGGGGCCGGCGGGGCAGCGGCAGUGGCGCCAGUGGCGCCGAAGAAGGCACCACCACCACCGGGAGGCAAAAAAACGCCACCACCACCAGGGGGAAAAAAGGGUCCCCCUGGAAAGGGCGCGCCAGGCAAAAAGGGACCGCCACCAAAGAAGAAGGCACCGGUCGCCGGAGCCGCUGGCGGCAAACGACUGCGUAAGAUGCCCUGGGACGCACUCGACACGGACGAGGGCACGCAGUUCCCCGAAUUGAGAAAAUUACCCGUCGAAGUCGACCCGAACCAGAUUGAAUUGGACUUCAGUCUGGAUGUGAAGAAGAAAGAAGGUGAGGAAGAAGAAGGCAAGGCUAAGGCGAAGAAGAAACAGGUAAUCAAGGUGCUACCUGAUGCCAAACGGGCCUACACUAUGAGCAUUGCUAUCGCACGUAUCAUCAAAAUGGGUUUCCCGGCGCUGAAACACGCCGUCGAAAUUUUAGACGGAGAUGUGCUUGACGCGGACGUUUGUUCCACACUGCUCGAAUACCAGCCGAAGCCGGAGGAAAUCGCCGCCGUUAACGCAUUUGUCGACUCCGGCGGACAGAUCACAGAUUGCGAUACUACCGAGCAAUUCGUGUACGCUAUGAAGGAUAUUCCGAACUACGCACCAAAGCUAACAGCGCACCGGUUCGCCCUGGGAUUUGGGAAGGAGCUGGACGAAUUGAUUGAGUCGGUGGAGAAAUCGAAGACUGCUAGCGAGACACUCCGCGCUUGCAAAAAGCUGCCACGCUUCCUUUUCCUCGUCACCCGCAUCGGAAACGUGGUGAAUGAGACGAAUGUUGGUGGUAUCAAGCUGACGACCAUUCCAAAAUUGAAUGAGUACAAAACAACCACCAAGCCCGUGCGGAAUUUAUUGCAAUACAUGGUUGGCAUCAUCCACGACAGCCCCGCACGAGACGACUUGGAUAUCAUGCAGGAACUUGUGCCUCUCAUCCCUGGCAGCAAAGUCGAUCUCACUGGUGUCGAACAACGUAUUCAGUCCUUCCAAGGCCAGCUCAAAGCGACUACUAAUCAAGUAGAAAAACUCGCGCCAACAGAUCCUAUUAUCGACCACACAUUGGUCCCUUUCGUUAAAGCAGCCAAUGAACAAAUCCAGAAACUCACCAAACUGCUCGCAGACGCAAAAGCCGCCUUCGAAGACGUCGCUGCCUUUUAUGGAGAAGACGCCGAGUCCAUCAAAAAACUCGCACCACACUCCUAUCUUAGUCUCCCUCUUAGACUCGCACGUGAACUCCAAGCCAUUGUUAAAGACAUUGAAGAUAAGGCAGCCAGAGAAGCCAAACGGAAAGCUGCCAGUGCUAAAAAACAACCCUCAAAAGCACCUAAAGCACCAACGGAAAAAACUGCUGAUACUUCUCUUAGAACCAAUCAAGACGCCAACCCUGACGUCACCAUUGCCGAAGCUCCUGCAGCUACGGAAGCCACAUCCGCCAAAGAUGAAGCACUCAUUGCAAAACUUAGCGCCUAA